AUGUCUCCCGCACCUCUGGAGCCGUUGCUCGCAGCCGGAGCACCUCAAAUAAGAACAAGAAAAGGAUGGUGUACCCGCGGAUGUUGCUCUAAGGUUUUCCUAACAAUGAUCCUCGCAGUCGUUUUAUCCAUGUAUCUAGCUCUUCCUUCGCUGUCUCCAACUCCACCAGGUCAUGUUGCAGUUAUCUCGCCGUUUGAGAUUCAUACGGUCACGGAUUUCCUUGCCGCUGCCAAGUCUGGUAUCAUGCCUGGAAAUCGAAAAACUGAAUUACCUCUCAUGCCCGAAGAGAUGGUGAAAUAUUUGUCGACGAGCUAUGUUGAAUGGGCGCCAGAACCGUUUAAAACUCAACUUGGCUCGGAUAGUGUAUCUGCAACUCUCUCCACUGCGCCUUUGGCUAGAAUCAUGAUGGCUGCAUCUGGGAUGAGUGAUAUUUUGCGUGCGGCACUAGAUUCACUGAGUAUUGAACGGAAUAUGGACAUGAUGAAGAAAAGAAUUUGGCAUGGUAUGUCACCAAUUCCUCCUGCCCGGUGGGAGUCCAUGGGCCUCUCCAAAUCAGAGAAUAUCGAAGUAGCCCUCUCUCAAAUACAGCUCAUCGUAGACGUAUUCGAAUAUCUCCAUACUCCUCGUGUACAAGGCCGAUUACGAGAUAUCUAUAACCAUAUAUGGUUCGAAUUUGACAUUCUCCAAGAUGUAUUAAACGCGCUGGAAGUUUCAAAUGGGAGAUCUAAACCGGCUUAUAAUUUACCGGCUCUGUGGCAGGAGUACAUCCAUUCCUAUCUCUUCGAAAAUAUGGCUUUCCAAUCCCGCAGCUUUAUAUUCACAAACUUACUCCCUCUUUAUAACGCAACUCGUUCGGCAUUCUUUAGUCAACCGAGCUCUGUUUUUGGUGAAGCCGGAACUCCCCUCAUUUCUCAGCAUCACUUUCGUGUUCUAAACAGUAUACUCGAUCUCUACAUCGAAACCGAGUUCUAUGUUGUACCGCAUACUGUCGGAUUCGUAUAUCGACAUGAACCAGGGAAUGUGACUGGGUUACUCAGUGACGAUGAAAGCUCGUGGGAAAGAAAUAAUGCAAUAUAUGAGAGUAUCCAAAAUGCUAGAAGAGAGGACUUUCAGAUAGACUAUCAACGAAAAAUCAAAGAGGCCGCUGAGAUGAGAAUCGCAAAUGAUGAACAUUCUUCCUUUGGACAAAAUCAUGAAGCUCUGCAAACCAUAUGGAACAUCUCAGAUAGAGCAGACGCGCACCAAGCCGCACAACCACAGAUCUUGAAUCCUGCGAGAGUAGAAGAGGAAGAGUGGGUAAGAAAAUUCAAUAGCGUUGAAAACUUUGGAUAUGUCAUCUACAAAAUGAAAUGGAAAACCUUUCUCGCUCGAUUAGAAUCGGGAUUAGACAGUGGAUGGGAAGGCAUGAUAGGCGUCGAACAUGUGAAGCAAAAAGCGACUGUACAUUGGAUCGAGGGUCUCGAUGAAAGUAUUUUCGAAGACGAUUUUGCAGAUGCUAGAGAACACUUCAAAAACAUGAUCGCGUCGCAAAAUAUCCCAGCUGAUUUAUCCACAACCACUUUCCUCGUUAUCGAUUCUGCAUCUUUCGCAUCAUUUGGUUCUACGCCAGGAAGUCGCAAUCGAGGUUUUCUCAAUGUUGUCUCGGCGGACUUUGAUCCGGCUUCGAAUUCGUCAGACGGAUAUAAUGGUGCGUUCAAAAUCGUAGAUCAAUUGGUGUGGACGGAAUUGUAUCCGUUGGUUGAGCACUUGAAAUGUGUGAGCUUAGAUGCUUUUUGGGCAUUGGCAAGAAAUAGUCCUUCGGAAGUGUAUGUUGGGGCAACGACGGAGAUUCAGAGAAGGGUCUGGGAUGAUUUGGAUAAUUAAAUUCAUGGAUAAUAUGAGUAGCUAUGUUUUGAAAGCAUGAGAGUUCAGAUGAAAUGAAGGAUAACCAUUGAUGAAUAUUUCGAAAGAAUUUUAUGUGGGCCUUCUCCAAGUCCAACAUACCCUCAAAAGAGCUCAAAAACAAACAAAAACAAUACUCAACGGUAUUCGCCAUCUAUGUACUACUUACUACUCCCAGCUCAACAUCCCCACCUACACACAUUUAAGAAGUAGACACGUAAACCGCCAGAACCGGAGGAUCGCAGC